CAACAGCACUGGUGCUUAUAUCAACUUUAUCACCAGAGAACGAGCUGAAAUUUAAAAUCAUUUUCACAUAAAGGACUGUGCAUGUAUGAAAUAUUAUGAAUGCAUUAUUAUAGUAGUAUACCGAGUACUAUUAUAGUUGCAUAAUAAAAUUAUAUAUUGAACCACACCUUUUAACACAAUAGAUACAACUAAUAUGUUCUUAUAUAUAAACACUGCCAAAUGACGUGCCUCAGUGAAAAAUUAUUAGCAAGAAACCAUGAUAAAAUCAUACAUCAACAGAAAUAAUGACAACGACGUAAUACGUAAACCGUAAAAUCGCCGUUUCGUGCUGGUUAUUACUUACGUAGUAAUGUUUUGCUAUAAUUAUCUAAAGGAGAUUAGGCUCUGUAUAAGAAAUAAGAAUAAUUAAUAUGCCAUCAUUGAUAAAUGUAAAAUUUCAACAAAGUAACAAAAUUGACAUUUCGCUACAACUAUAGGAUAUAUGACACAUGCACAUUAUAAUUAGUUUUUACUGUGUACUGUUUUUUAGGGCAUCUUCAAACCGUACGCAUUGAUCAAUUGUGUCCGACCAUUGGCAUAUAGCAUGGACUACGCGAUCCCUGCUCCAAAUUUCUUGAAAAAAUGUCCGCUCGAAUAGGCAAAGAAGGACUGAGGUGGCGGCCAGUAGCUCUCCUUUUCUAAUGCUCCCAUUGGCUACGUUUUCUAUACUCUCGUACUACGGCUGCUGAUUAAAAAGAAACAGGGCUUGGCCGCCACCAGUCGCUAUCUCUUUCUUUCAGCCGACCAUGUUUUUCUAUGCUUAUGGGUACUCUAUGCUAUAUGUCAAUGUGUCACUGUCCAUGAGUGAAAGUGUUUAAAAGCAUCUGAAAAAACUCAUAAAUUUAUUCGUCACAACGGCGUUUGUCGCAGAAACAUAUUUACUGUUAAAUUAAAGAAGAUGAUUACAUCUAGUAAAUGUUUUUAGCAGUCUAUAAUUGUACUGUUUUUCUUCGAAUAGUGUUUUUUAAAUCUAUUUUUAUUCGCUCAAUUCAUGAAUUAAUAUUCUGAUGAAAUAAAACAAAAUCAGCUUAAAUUUGGAGCUUUUAAGAAAAUGGACGUAAAAAAAUAAUUUUUAUAGGUUUUUUGAAAAAUAUAUUAACUCUUGUGCACCAGAAAAAUAUUGUUUUAAAAUCAUCAACCAUCAAUCAUUAAGCUUCCACUGCUACAAACUGUACAUAAUAAUUAAUUGAAUUUUAUAUAUUCAUACCAAAUAUUGAUCGCCUCAUACACAUAAAGACAUAUAUACAAGCUAUAUCACCUUUCAACAGCGAUGCAGACGUUUUUUAUCCUUUGUCCGUGUCAGUAUUCAAAUUGCCACCAGCAAAUGUACCCUUCCGGCCAAUGCAAAAUGGUCCCUUCUUCCUUUCAAGCAAAGGGAACAACAAAGAGCGCAAACGCUCGUCUGACGUAGAAGAGCGAAUGUAGAAGUAUAAUGGCGAGUGUUGACGAUAGCACAGCUCGACAUCACCUGGCCUCCUUUCGCUAGUUCCUAGACCGACCAACCGGCGGCGAGACCGACGCUACCCUUGGCGGCGCCACCAAUGGCACAGGGUUACAUCGUACUUUAUGCAAUUGAGCACGGAUAUGCAGCUCGUCUGUCACAGUUCAGGUCAACCUGACCUUUAGUUGUAUCUUUGCCACUAGGAAUUCUAUUACCCAUUCGUGGUAACCGGACGAACCAAUUAUCAACCCCCGGGUAUGUCCUCUCGCUCAUGGCGUUCGAUUUAUUUUUUAAUACCCAUAUAUUGUUCCAUUCGUUAAAAAACGUUUCGCGACCGCUUGAAUCUCUUACUCGGGAAAUACUAGCUCCUAUCCCAAAGGUGCCGGUGAUAAGUUAAAAGCGAUAAAACAUAAAACGAGAACGAUAAACAAUAAAAUCUAUUAAAGUAGCAAAAACAUAAAAGGAACCCGCCGGCGCUCUAUAGAGCGUCGGCGUAACAGUCAGGGAGAAUAUACGACGCAUGCGUGCCUGGGUAUGUCGAGUAGCGAGCGUUGAGUAUAAAGCCAGUGUCACCACGAUAAUAAAAUUGCAUGAAGCUCAAGGAGGUUCGCGAUACGUGUGCAGCAGUCUUUUUUACAUAAAGAGUAAAUCACUGUAGGUGGAAUAGAGAGAGAGAGAGAGAGAGAGAGAUAAAGUGAAUUUCAAUGAGUGAGAAAAAAGAGGCAACGAUAAUAGGUGGCUUGUUCGUCAAAUCAAGAAUUACACGAGGGAAAAACACUGGAAGCAACGUAGUAUUAAAAUGUUUUUAAAUCAUCUGAAGGAACGUCCGAGAUUUUUGAGGAGACACAUUUUAACAGUGUGAGAAAAUACAAUGAAUGUCGUGCUACAGUGAAUGUAUAUACGUCUAACGAAAUGCGUAAAGCCAAUCAUUAUUAUCAAGGUACACCGAAUCAAGAUGCAUCGUACAUCCAUGAAAAGAGUAUUAAUUACAUCCUUUAAUGAAAGUAUUGCGACAGUAUUAGUGGUCUAGCUGCCAUUAAGUAUUUAAAAAUACGUAGGAUGAUUGUCAUGAUGCUUGUACAGUGGUUAUGCGUUUAAGACAUCAAAAAGAAAUAUAAAUGAAAAAUUAUAAAGAGGCUAGACGUUUCGUAAACGUCAGGAUGAAGAAGUCUCUCCUGAUUGCCAUCGCAAUAGGGACACUACUGUUCGUUAUGGUCGUUUCAAACGACGACUUACGAAGAAUCGUGCCAUUCAUGUCGCAAGUGGAAGCACCCGACAUAUCCUGCUAUGAUGUUACUAAAAUAUAUACUAAACAUGUGGAACUGCCUGAUUUCGAGACACCUACAUCUGAUAGAAAUAUAUUCUUUCAUGAGACGUCUUGCUUCAACGAUGAUCAAGGUUUGCUCAAGGUACGACAGGCAUGUGCCGUGGAGUCUGCGGCCUUGAUGAACCCCAGUACAAUUGUCUAUCUCCUUUUCGUAAGUUGGUCGAAGUUUACGAAUACCUCUCGGAACUUUGUGCAACAGCUUUCUACUUAUGACAAUAUCAAAAUAAGACAUAUAGUUAUUGACGAUUAUUUGAGGAACACACCAUUAGCCGAAUGGUACGCUAGUGGUGUCCUCAAAAGAAGUCAAUGGCCAAAGAGUCAUAUAUCCGAUAUUUUGAGAUAUCUAACAUUAUGGAAAUAUGGUGGUAUAUAUCUUGACCUGGACGUAGUCGUAACUUCGUCGCUGGAGAAUUUAUUGAAUUUUGCUGGCGCUGAGGAUAGAGAAGAUGUCGCUGCUGGCGUCAUAGGGUUCUCACCUACGGGUUUAGGACAUAAGCUCGCCGAUGAGUGCCUUCGUGAUUUGCAAAGUAACUUUCGUGGUGAUGUGUGGGGUCACAAUGGUCCAGGUGUGAUAACGAGGACCUUGAAGAAACUUUGUGGUACCCGCUACACUAAGGAUAUGACCUCGAGGAAGUGCCAUGGAUUCAAAGUGUUCCCACCCUCGGCUUUCUAUCCUAUUCAUUAUAAAAAGUGGAGGAAAUACUUCGAGACAAAAGACGCGAACGCGACCAUGAAAAUUCUACAAAAAGCAAAGGCCAUUCACGUGUGGAAUAAACUGAGCGAAUCCCGCAGUAUUAAAGUAGGAAGUAAAGUACCAUAUGCAAUAAUUGCCGAGAAAUAUUGUCCAAAGAUAUAUCGCAGCGCAGAGGGUGCUGAUGUCGCUAUCUCCAACUAAUACAGUGGGCUGAUGCCAGAAACAAUAAUAUAUGUAUUGUUAUGCCCCAUGACAAAAUUCACGCUACUGUUAAUCUCCAGACGCAAAUUGAACAUUAGUCGAAUGCUGACCCUAUGCAUAAGGCGUUAAGAUAAGAGCCAUGAGAGGCACCUUGUGAGCCACAACGGUCACUCGUAAAGUUCCUAACUAGGAGUGAAGUCCUGGAGCGUAUUCCAUAGCCGUGAAGAAAUAGUAGCAUUGUGCCUUCUACCAUUAGGUUUGCGUUACCUUCGUAUUUACAUCAUACCAACUUCAAUAAACUAUAAUCGAUCUUUAUAUAAUUUCAAA